GAUGCUGCUUCCGGUUUGUGACAGUGCCAUUGGUUACAGUAGUUUCUUUCCUGAGCGAGGAUCGCAGUGAAAUGAGGUUAAAGUCGCUGUUGAAGGUAGUGGAACACAUUCAAAGAUUCCUUUAAAGGUAUGAUUUUAUUUUGUGAGUAGUCAUCAGCCAUUUGUUGCUUUUGAGGAAGAUGAUUAUGACACAUGAGCUGGAACUCUUUCCAGGUUGUACCGUGACACUUCUGUUGUUUAAAGAUGUUAAAAAUGCAGCAGAACUUCGACAAAAAGCUGUGGAAGGAGCUAUCGAUGGGGCUUUAAUAAAUGCCGCAAUGGUAGUUGACCCAUUCCAGAUACUUGUGGCAGCCAACAAAGCAGUUCACUUACACAAACUGGCUAAAAUGAAGACGCGUAGCCUUUAUUCUGAAAUCAUAUUUAAUCUCUCUCCAACAAAUAAUAUUUCAGAUGCCUUCAGAAAAUUUGGGAUUUCAGAUCGUGACUCUGCUGUCCUCAUUGUUCUGGUGUAUGAUGGAGGAAAAAACGCUAAGUUAGAAGACAUCAUAAGCCAAGUAGAUGGGCGUCAGAUCUCUGUACAGGAUUUCUCAACAAUCACUGAUGUGGCCCAAAUUAAAAAGUUAUACAAAAUAACUCCUGCUGAAGAAAAGGUUGGAAAUUUAUUGGAUGCAGUCAUUUGUCGGAUGAGUGCGAAAGAUGUUCUUUGAUGGCCGAAACCAUGUUGAAUUAAGGAGAUUCUUUACAAAUAUUGUAUUUUUCUGAAACAGAGAAUAGUGGCAGUAUAUAAUUUAUAUUUUGAUGUAUAUUUAUGUACUGUAUCACUUGUUUUGAGUUUAAAUCCAAGUGUAGAAAUAAAUUCGCAGUGGAAAAUUUAUUCCAGUAAAUCUUGUAACAACAUUCAUGAGUGAUAAUUGCAAUGAAGACUUUAGGAUAAUGCAGCCUUAUUCUAAACAAAUGCAUUGGUGCUCUUCAGUGUGGCUAUUCCUCCAUCAGGCAGAAGGAAAAGAAUGACAUUGGAACACCAUCACCUUUGUACCUCUCACCUUUGGAUUUGGAUCACGGUUCAAUGUUCUGGAGCUUCUUACAUAACUAUACUGCGGGGAUAAUUAUAGAUUCAAGCUUCAGGUAUAUUUUUUUUAUCACAUUGUAUAAAUUAUACAACCUUGAACUUGCUUGCUCACAGGUAGCCACAAAGCAAGAAACUCAAAAGAACCCAAUUAAAGAAAAAAUAGAAUAAAAAUAAAAAUAAACGAACAAUAUUCAACAUG